AUGCCUACUUUCAGCCGACCCUGCUCUAGCAGCUCACAGCUCACUAGAGGCACCCGGCUUCGCAGUCUAGCCCGAACGCUCGUGGUGAUGAGUGCGGCCAUGGGGAUCAUCGGGCUCGCCGAUUCAGCCUCCACGCCUAAAACCGCCAACUCACAACAUGGCCGCCAGCUCAAUACCCCACAGCAUUGGCAGGAGAUGAAAUUGGAUGAGUAUUUAAAAACUUAUCCCAACGGCGACGCCCUCAGUCUAUCUCAAUAUGCCGAGCAACUGCCACACCCCUUUCCUCUUCACUGCGGCAUAGGGAAAUUCAAGGAUUGCCAGAUCCCUUCAUAUGCGUCACUCCAAGGAGGACCGGAUUGGUGGAUUGUCACUUCGACGAUCAAUUGGAACUAUUAUACAAACUUCUUGGCAAGCACCUUAGCCCACUCCGGAAAAAUGGCAAAAGAUGUUGUUCAUCAUGUGCUUCACGACCUCGUCUACGAGUACAACCCUGAAACCAGCCUUGGCGUGAUGUCCGAAGUGGAUUUGAUCCGAACUAUUCUUUAUCCUAUUGAGCAUGGGGGAAACCGCGACCACACUGUCAGUAACAGGACACAAACUCCUGACUGGAUGGCUGCUAUCAGUCCUCUCGCUACCAACACCAACCCGCAAUUGGAUUUGCUCCAAGCACACCAGGACUUGAGAUCCCCGAGAAACAAGAGGGAUUUGACAUCUAGCUCUCAAAUGGCGCAGAUGAAUGUUCCAAUGAUCGUGUACAACUCGAGUCACCCAGUCGAAACAAACCUCCGCCAACUAAGCUCACAGCUAGAGCACAUGUUGGCGCAGUCUGUUGAGAACAAGGCGGAGUCGCCUAUCAGUCUUGACACUGGUAUCUAUUCGGCCAUCGCCGGCGGCCGAUUUGUUGGCCCAAGCAUUCAAACUCCCCGUCUAGCAAGCAACGCAGACGACAUCAUGCGUUUGAUUGGUGUAUCGGCAGUUCUUAACCAUCAGAAUUCAAUGAUUGUUAUUAGAAAGUCCUCAUGCUCCCUCUACCGAAAAGCAAUGGAGCAGGACGCUGAAACUAGACUUCAGUUCUGCGCUUCUGACAGCACCCUGAUCGAGAUAGUGAACGUGAAGGAAAACACGAUUAUCAAAGAUAUUUACAACGCCCAUAUUAUUGAAAGUAAAUAUGGUUUCAAAACUUCUUUCUUGGCCUCCGAAGCCCUGCGUUGUCAGCAAGCAAACCAAGAGACAGGCCAUCACCAAGAACGGGCGAACGAGGAUGGCAGCGCAUUCGAUGUGUGCACCUUUGAGCUGCCAAUUUGCAACCUUCAGGAAGACUGUGAGUAA